UGUCAUGAUUUGGCGGAAGAUGAAGGUCGCACCGCUUGGCGGGGGAGCAGAGUCUUACGUGAGCUGCGUGGAAAACUAACCACUUCUAAUUACCUGAUGAUUUGCUCAUGACUCAUGUGUAGAUAACUAUGUCUACGUGGCCUCCUCAUCCUCGCCAUUUCCCGGCGCGAGACGCUCGCGCGCUACCAGUUCAGCAGUUGCAACAGGUAGUCAGAGAUCGGCAUAAAAAAGCUACUUGUGUUGAGUAGAGCUGUGGCAUAGUACAGUGGUCAUCAAGAACCUUAGGCUUCAUCUUUUUAGUUGUGCUCCUGUGGCCUGCUUUCGUCCGUUGCCAGUUUUGUGAUGCGUUGUGACAGUGAAGCAGAAAUAGCAAUUGCCUCUAUCGGGCAGUGAUACCCUUAGCUGAUCAAGUACUAGCGUGUGCAGGCUGCCAAGCAUCCACUCGGACAACGUCGGACCUAUCCGUUUCGCUUGUACACAAGGGAUCAUGGAUGACUCGAGAGCUGCUGCCAUUUAUGCACUGGCAGGGCCGCGACAGAACCACAACGGUCUGUCUGAAAAAGUGCAAAGUGAAGUAAAAGAUAUACCGGCACCCUCCUCUAGCCCAAUCAUCAGUCCACAGCCAAACAAGAAGAAGAAGAAGAAGAAGAAGAAGAAGAAGAAGAAGGAGGAGGAUGAGGAGGGUAUGGUUGGCAGGUCUACGAAACCACGGGAAUCUGCGAAAGGUGUACAGGUGGUGAACUUCAGGGAUAUGAUUGACAUCCGUGAAGGUAGGAAGAGGAAGAGUCCCGCUGAGGACGACGCUAGUCCACCACCGAAGAAACCGAAGACGUUCAUUUCGUGGGAUGGUCGUGUUACCAACGAUGUAGUAAAGGAGUUGACUACUCCUUGGCAUGAAAAAGUGGGUACAUGGGACCCGGAUAUGAAGAGUUCCUUCCUGCAGGCAACCAAUCGGAAGAAAACUGCAAAAGAAAUUGCCCAGGAGGCGGAGGAUGCUUGGAAUGAGGAAUAUGAUAGGCCCAAGGGAAAGAAAGUCAAGAAGAAGAAACCGUUGCCAGACAAUGACGUCAGUAAACCGAAAGUCAAUCCUUUCCAGGUUAUACAUGAGAAGAAAUAUUCCAAGGCGGCCUUGGCAGAAAAGGCUGAGAAAGAAUUCCUGCAGAAGACGAAUCGGUGGCUGAAAGAACAAGGCAUCAAGAUGAGUGCAACCAAGUACCUCAAUGACCUUAGGAGUAAGGCCACACCCACGCUAGCUAAAAAUGCCCACGAUAAAAUACUCGAUGGUUAUGAUUCCGAAGGCAGAAAGCUGAAGAGUCCCGACACAACUACCGCUGAGGACAACGCAAAUCCACCCCCGAAGACACCGAAGAAAACGAAAAAGAUCAGUUCGUCUAAAGCGAAACCAUUCGACAUAAGGACAUGGGACAAGAAAACCAGGAGUUUUAUCGAACCGCCGACAACCAAGCGGAGGAGAUCUGAUCGAGACAUUGCCGAUGAUAAGGAAGAUGAUAAGCCCAAGGGAAAGAAAGUCGAGAGUGUUGCAAGAGCGUUGCCAGACAAUGUCAGGAAGCCACAAGACAAUCCUUUCCAGCAUGCACAUGAAAAGAAAUUUUCCAAGGCACCCUCGUCUAUCCCAACCAUCAGUCCUCAGCCAAACAAGGCUAACAAAGAACGACAACAACAGCAGCAGCAGCAGCGGUCUCCAUCUCAAAAUGGCUUGGCCAAGAAGAGUGGUAUUGUCAGCAGUGAAACGGACAAGCAGAAGAGACCGCAGCAAGCUGAGAAUAGCAGGAAGAGGAAGAGGCAUGACACCAUUAGCGCUGAUUCACGCCGGAAGAGACCGGUUUCAUGGGUUGCUCGCGCUACCAACUCCAUAUUGAAGAAGUUAACUGAAGAGAAUACCAAGAGUGAAGCCUUGCCGCAGACAACCAAGCAGGGGAAAUCUGAUCGAGACAUUGCUGAUGAUGAGAAGGAUGAUAAGCCCAAGGCAAAGAAUGUCGAGAAGAAGCUGUUGCCAGUCACUGUCAAGAAGUCACGUAAAAAAAGAUGUAGAGAAAAAAGAAAUAGAGAGAAAUAUUCCAUGGUGGGCAUCACUAUGGAAAUAAGCGCCGCUCGACGUGCCUUGUUCCAAUGAAACAACAUGGCAGGCCGCAUGCUAUGUUUUUGUGCUUCUGUCCCGAGGGUCACGGAGUUUUUUGUUUGUUUGCUAUUUUUUGUGUUUGUCUCGAGUGUUUCGGCGUUUUUGUGUUUGAUUACUUUUUUCUACUCGCUUAUCUUCGUUUUUUGGGUGUGACUGGCAGUGGGGCAGGUUUAGUAGAAGGGUUUUUUGGCCGCAAGGCGAGUUUUUCCCCCAGGUCAUGGCUGGAAAUUUAGGGAGUCGGAUUUUCAGGCACUCCCCCGCUGCCCAGUCACCCACACCGUGACAUUGCUUUGCCCGUGUCUUGCACUGACAUCCCUCUUGCUGGCCGCCAUGCUCCUUAUUACUUUCUGGCCUUGGUUUUUGCUAGCGUGUGGCUGCGAGUGUGGUGGUGUACACUGAGUACAUUCUGCGAGUACAUUCUCUGGUAGACCACUACCCCAUGUGUGCUAUGUGAGUGCUAUUGUGUUUUGA